ACUACAGUACAAUAACGUACUCGGCUUAUUGGUAUCGCAGGGAAGAGAUUUUCUUCUGGCUACCAAUUAUAGCAUUACUGUUGUCAAAAGAUUACGGGAAGGAGAGGAAUUUCGAAAAUGAAGAAUCAACGGAAUCCACCCUUUCUUCUGUUAUUUGUCGUGGGAUUAACAGCAGUUAUUGCAACUGGUAAACCGGGUCCAUGGAAGCGUGUUAAUGUCCUGUGACUACGACGCUCAAAGGAAUGAUUUCUGUAACUGGACUCACGCCAAUCAAACGUUUCGAUGGUCCUGGUCAAAUUCAACUACGCCCAGCUUGAAUACCGGGCCAAGCCGGGACUGGACACAAACAGGAGUUGCGGGUUACAUUUUUGUGGAAGCUUCUUCGCGAAGAAUCAACGAUACUUGCUAUCUUAAUAGCCCACCUAUUGUCGUUCCGGCGGAUACAGCGAAGAUAUGCAUUUCCUUCCAUGUGCAUAUGAUGGGAGAAAAUAUGGGAUCCAUUAAUGUGAAUAUUGCCGAAGAAGAAGGAGACUUCGCUACUGUUUAUACGCGUCAAGGAGACCAUGAUAACUUUUGGUUUCCGGUCAAGUUUGAGCUUGUCAUUGGGAAACCAACAUUUCGAAUUCAGCUGCAAGGUAUCGCCGGCAAGGACCAUUUGGGGGAUGCGUCCAUUGACGGGUUCCGCGUGGAAACUUGUGCCGGUGAUGAGUUUCCUACGGUCAGCGCUGCCAGUCCUUUAAUUGAAAAACCACCUGGCCCACAGCCAAUUGCCCUUCCUUUCUCGUGUGAUUUUCAAAACAAUCGCUGCGGGUUUUCGCAAGCUACUGACGAUGGUCUGGAUUGGCACAGAGUGUCGGGAGAACGAGAAACGGAAUACACAGGGCCUACCGUGGACCAUACUACGGGAACUGUGGCGGGAAAAUAUAUGUAUGUGGAAUCUUCCAGUCCCAGCCAACCGGGUGAUAAAGCCAGAAUAAUAUCGCCUUUGAUUCGACUGAACGAUUUCAAGAAGAACGAUCUGUGCUUUGAAUUCUUUUACCACAUGUAUGGCACCGGAAUGGGCACAUUAAGCGUAACCGUCACUCCGUCCAACUGCACCGACAACGAUAAAAAUUCGUUACGCUGGCCAGCAUGUAGCGAAAUUGUCCACUCGGUUUCCGGUGAUCAAGGAGAUCGAUGGCGACAGUUCCGAAAUCGGGCGCAGUAUGAAUGGGAGGAAUUUACGAUGGAAUUUGAAGCUACGUUGGGGGUUGGAGAGAUCAGCUUCCGCUCGGAUAUUGCCAUUGAUGACAUCCAUUUCGCCGAGUGCCCAAAAAACGAUUCCUAUGUCUAUCCUACGCUAGCUCCAAUCAUUGAUUACAUCGAUGGUUGUAGCGGUACAGCUUAUGUCCGGAAUGCUACUGGAGGCAUUUGGAGUGAUCCUCAUUAUCCUAAUGCUGCGUACCUUUCUGAUUCCAAAUGCCGGUGGGUUUUGGAGUCGGAGAACAGCACUAAGGGGCUUCUGCUCCAUUAUGACGCGGAUUUCUUUAUCGAAGCGGCCGAAAGAUGCAAUCUGGAUUAUGUAAGAGUUUUCGAAGGCUUGAGUGACGAACAGCUAGCGACAUUCGAACCUUGUGGUGAAACCAACUUUGACUUUAAAGGUCCAUUCUGCGGAAGCCAUGCUCCUCCGGACCAUAUUACUCGAUCGAAUCGAGCCGUGGUGGAAUUUUGUUCCGAUAAUCGCAACCAAAGAGAAGGCUUUGCGCUGUUUUUCCGGGAAGAAGACAUGGUACCGAUGGCCGAACCGGAUCCGGCUUGCUCAACCACACUAAUGCUGGAAGACUUCGAGCCACACUUCCUGCGUUGGCCUCCAAGUCCUGAUAACGAGACAUACGAUAACAACCUCCGUUGCGAAAUGGUGCUGCGAAACAAUAACACUGCAAAUGUUAUUCGCAUAAACACCGGCAACUUCGGUAUUGAACGCAGUGCAAACUGCAAAUUCGAUUAUCUUGAAAUCAACGAUGCAUGCAAUAACGAAAGACCAAAGAAAUACUGCGGACAUGACGGCCCCGUCCAUUACAGGAGUUUUUGUCCUACUGUUGUGUUGACCUUUGUUACUGACAAUUCCAUAGGAGGAACUGGAUUUGAUCUGGUUGUUUAUGGCGAUCGCUGUGGACAAAAGAAAUUUUACUGUGAAGCUGAUGCAAUGUGCAUUGACCAGCAAAAGGUCUGUGAUAGCCGACCUGAUUGCCCAAGCGGUGCCGACGAGGAUCCCUUCAUGUGCCAUAAUUUAUUUGCUUGUGGUCAUGAAUAUCCCUCGCCGAACUUGCCGGCAGAACUCGGUUUUCGACCGCGAUCACUGCAUCCAUGGCACGCCGCUAUCCUGUCCCACACUCGCCGACUGGCUUGCUCCGGAACUCUGAUCCAUCCUGGUUGGAUACUAACUUCCGCGCUGUGUGCUUCGAAGUUUUCGGAUAUCAGAGAUAUGAUUAUUCAGUUGGAUUCGCCAGUGUUGGAUUUCCGCUCAUGGCCAAUUAAAACUGAGGUCAAACCUACAAAAAUUUCCUUACAUCCCGACUUCUCCCCGAAUACAAUAGAAGUGGACAUCGCGCUGAUCAAGUUCGCUUCCCAUCCGGAUUAUAAUCCUGCACGAAUUCCUGCGUGCUUGUUAGAAGACGAUGAAGACUUUUUGCGAAAUGGCACUAAAGGCGUGUUUGGCGGCUUUCGUCAUGUGCCGCUUACUGUUCCAGCGCCAACACGAGAUCCACUUUUAGAGCCGUUUUCAAAUGCCACAAUUUUUGCGGACACCGCAGAAGUGGAAAUGUUGGACUUGUCGUACUGCAACGAAUCAGUGCAACACAACCUCAAGAGCGACAAAUAUUUGUGUACAACACCAGCUCCUUGCGAGACUGAUGGAGAUCUCGGAGCACCUUUAGUGUUCCAGCGAAAUGAUCGUUAUUUCCUCGCCGGCAUUUACAGUUACAGCGCCGCCGAAUGCCGUCGCAACUUUGCCCGUCCCACACCUGCAAUUUAUACCCGCAUAAAAUCUUAUUCUGCCUGGAUUUUAGAUAUGCUCGCGGAGGAUGCGUAUAUGGCGAAUGUUUAAAUUGCAUGUAUUGUAAUCGAAUUCCCGGCUGACGAUGUUGCGUGUUGUCAAGUGGUCAUUAGGCACAUCGCGCACUAAUAAUAUCCAUUCAGAACUG